UUACUUCUCUCUCUGUGUAGGGUUAAACAUUACCUGACAGUUGGGCGAAUAACUCAAUUCCUGCGUUUAUUUUUUGGAAUGAGAAAAAAUCAAACUGGAUUAUAUGCGGAAAUUUUAACAUCUUUUUCAUGAUAAUGUGGAUUUAAUACAUAAAUACACCCAACAGAUUGAUGUUUGCUCUUGUAUUAAGUUUGACUUUGAUGAAUCAUUUUGGAAUAUUUGUUUGUGUUUGAAUAUACUGCUCCUCGAUUCAGUUGUGCAGAUAUUAUGUGCAGUGUUAUUUAGCUAGGAUAUUUAAUAAUUUAUUACAAGCAGGUAGUUGUGUGGGAAUGCCAAACAGUGUUAACUAGUUGUUACCUGUAAGGACUUACGUUUUCUCCCUUUGGAGUUGUGAUGUUUAGCUAGUUUUGUAUUCAACUUCCGAAACAGGUAACAGGUGGCGGUAGGGUGCCACAAUGACGGAAGUAGAGAUCAUGCCCCAAACUGGGGUGCGCUGGGAGUCUGGCCAGAUGGAAGAUGACUUUGAAGGGGGAAAUAACUCCGCUAAACUGUUUGAACGUUCCAGAAUUAAAGCUUUAGCUGAUGAGAGAGAGUCUGUUCAGAAGAAGACCUUUCAGAAAUGGGUAAACUCCCACCUCGCGCGUAUCGGGUGCCGCAUAAAUGACCUCUACAUUGACCUAAGGGAUGGCAAGAUGCUUAUGAAGCUGCUGGAAAUCCUCUCCGGAGAAAGACUGCCCCGCCCAACGAAAGGAAAGAUGCGUAUUCACUGCCUGGAGAACUGCGACAAAGCGUUGACGUUCCUGCAUGAGCAACGAGUUCACCUCGAGAACAUGGGCGCCCACGACAUCGUCGACGGCAGCAACAGACUCACGCUCGGCCUCAUCUGGACCAUCAUUCUCAGAUUCCAGAUCCAAGACAUCACCAUCGAGGAAUCAGAUAAUAGUGAAACGAGGUCUGCCAAGGAUGCACUGCUGCUCUGGUGCCAGAUGAAAACCGCUGGCUACCCCAACGUUAACGUUCGCAACUUCACGACCAGCUGGCGAGAUGGGCUUGCGUUUAACGCUCUUAUACACAAACACAGACCAGACCUGAUCCAGUAUGACAAGCUACAGAAGGGCAACCCCAUGCAUAACCUGCAGAACGCCUUCAAUGUGGCUGAGGAGAAGCUGGGAAUCACCCCCCUUCUGGACCCCGAAGACGUCAACAUGGAGUUCCCAGAUGAGAAGUCCAUCAUCACAUAUGUGGUUACAUUCUACCAUUAUUUCUCCAAGAUGAAGGCAGAAACAGUCCAGGGGAAGAGAAUUGGAAAGGUGAUCAACAAUGCCCUUGACACUGAAAAGAACAUCAAGGAUUACGAGACCUUGACCUCUGACCUUCUGGAGUGGAUCGAGCAGACCAUCAUGAUCCUUAAUGACAGACAAUUUUCCAACUCGCUGUCCGGCGUGCAGUCACAACUCACCGCCUUUAACCUCUACAGAACCUCUGAGAAACCACCAAAGUUUGUGGAGAAGGGUAACCUGGAGAUCAUGCUGUUCACCCUGCAGAGUAAGAUGAGGGCUAACAACCAGCGCCCCUAUCUCCCUGUGGAGGGGAAACUCAUCUCUGACAUCAACAAGGCCUGGGAUCACCUCGAGAAAGCUGAACACGAGCGGGAACUUGCCCUGAGGGAGGAGCUUAUCCGACAAGAGAAACUCGAGCAGCUUGCAGCAAGAUUUGACCGGAAGGCUGGCAUGCGGGAGACCUGGCUAAGCGAGAAUCAACGUCUUGUUUCCCAGGACCACUUUGGGCACGAUCUCGCAGCUGUUGAGGCUGCAACAAAGAAACACGAGGCCAUUGAGACUGACAUUAACGCGUAUGAGGAGCGUGUGCAAGCAGUGGUGGCUGUCGCUGAGGAACUGGAAACCGAGAAUUUCCAUGAUAUUGACAGGAUCAAUGCACGGAAGGACAAUGUGAUUCGCCUGUGGAACUACCUGCUAGAGCUGCUGAGAGCACGCAGGAUGAGACUGGAGCUGUCUCUACAGCUGCAGAAGAUCUUCCAGGAGAUGCUGUACAUCCUCGACUGGAUGGAGGAAAUCAAGUCUCGCCUUAUGUCGGAGGACUACGGAAAACAUCUGAUGGGGGUUGAUGACCUACUACAGAAGCACGGGUUACUCGAGGCCGACAUUCAUGUGCUCGGGGAACGCGUUAAAACUGUCAACCAUCAAGCCGACAAAUUUGUCGAUGGUGACUUCUCUGAAGUUGGAGGCUACCGACCCAGUGAUCCAGAGAUUGUUAAGGACCGAAUCAGCACGCUGGAAAACGCGUACGAGGAGCUUCAACGUCUUGCCGAAGACCGCAAGAACCGACUCUUCGAAUCGCGGAAGCUCUGGCAGUUCUACUGGGAUAUGGCCGACGAAGAGGGCUGGAUACGGGAAAAGGAACAACUCAUGUCCGCCCCCGACCUCGGUCACGACCUUACUAGUGUGCAUCUCCUCCUCAACAAACAGAAGAAUAUGGAGGAUGAGAUGACAGCUAGACACACCCACCUGCAAUCAGUGCUCCAAUUGGGCAAUGAUCUCAUUUCGGCUGGCAAUUUCGGCGCGGAGAAAAUCCAGGAGCGCAUAGACGAGAUCAACGAGCAGUGGGAAAGCCUCAUCGACCUUGCAGCCUUCCGCAAGAAACGUCUCAACGAGGCAGUAGAUUUCUAUCAGUUCUUCGCUGAUGCUGAUGACAUUGACACAUGGAUGCACGAUACCCUACGCCUCGUCUCAAGUGACGACGUAGGCCGGGACGAAGCGAGCGUCCAGUCGCUGCUGAAGAAACACAAGGAUGUCACAGAUGACUUGAAGAAUUACCAGAGCGUGAUAGAGGCCCUGCAUGAACAGGCUGCAAACCUGGGAGAACAGGAUCGUGAGUCAGAGUCUGUACAGACGACCCUAGGAAGUAUCGACCGACGCUAUCAGGAGCUACUGGAGCUUGCCAAACUGCGUAAACAGCGGCUCCUUGACGCCCUGUCGCUGUACAAACUCUUCAACGAGGCCGACAGUGUUGUCACCUGGAUUGAUGAAAAGGAGAAACUGUUAACAACAAUGAUUAUCACAGAUGAUAUCGAAGAGUUAGCCAUAAUGAGGCACCGUUUCGAGGGUUUCGAACAUGAGAUGAACGCAAAUGCUUCCAAAGUGGGCGUCGUCAACCAGUUGGCGCGCCAGCUCCUGCAGGUGGAGCACCCCAAUGCUGCUGAGGUUAUUCAGAGACAGAAUGACCUCAACACGAACUGGAACAACCUACGUGAACUGGUGGAAGCCAAGAGAGAUGAGAUUGAGGGAGCCCAUGGUCUUCAGAACUUCCACAUUGAGUGCAAUGAAACCAUUAGCUGGAUCAAUGAGAAGGCUAAGAUCAUAGAAUCCACAGAGGAACUGGGUAACGAUCUGACCGGUGUGAUGACCCUGCAGAGACGCCUCUCUGGCAUGGAGCGUGACCUGGCAGCCAUUCAAGCCAAGCUGGAGUCACUACAGUCGGAAGCUGAGAGACUGGAGGAAGAUAAACCAGAUGAGGCUGAGGCCAUUAGAGACAAGAUUGCCGAGAUCAGCAAUGUCUGGGUUAACCUCAAGGACAUGCUGAAGGAUCGUGAUGAGAAGCUUGGUGAGGCUGGCGAGCUCCAGCGUUUCCUUGGCAACCUGGACCACUUCCAGCAGUGGCUCUCGCGUACACAGACCACUGUCGCCUCCGAGGAUGCACCCAAUAGUCUUUCUGAUGCUGAGCGCCUUCUCAACCAGCACCAGCAACUCAAGGAUGAGAUAGAUGCUUAUGCACCAGAGUACGCCAAGAUGAAGGACUUUGGUGACCAUGUUACGGAGGGCCAGACGGAUCCUCAGUACAUGUUCCUUGCCCAGCGGCUCAGUGCCCUGGAUGAUGGCUGGAAGGAGCUUCUACAGAUGUGGGAGAGUCGACAACAGAGCCUCUCUCAGGAUCUCAACCUACAGAUGUUCUUGAGGGAUGCCAAACAGGCUGAAGUUUUGCUGAACCAGCAAGAAAAUUUCCUCUCCAAGGAAGAUGUGCCGAACGCACUUGGACUCAUUGAAACAAAGAACACAUUGGAGGCGGCAGAUAACCUGAUCAAGAGUCAUGAAGCGUUCAUUACAACAAUGGAUGCCAACGAUGAGAAGAUCAACGCAGUUCUCACAUUUGCCAACCGGCUUAUGGAGGAUGGCCACUAUGCUGCAGACAAAAUACACAAAAAGGCGGAAAAUAUAAAUGAAAGGCGUAACGCUAACAGGCAGAGAGCAGAUGAACAGCUUGACAGACUCAAGGACCAACUCCUGCUACAGCAGUUCCUCCAGGAAUGUGACGAGUUACGAGACUGGCUGCAUGACAAGAUGGCCGCCGCAGAAGACGAGACCUACAGAGACGCAAAGAACCUCCACAGCAAGUACCUGCGUCACCAGGCCUUCGAGCGCGAGAUUAACGCAAACAAGGACAGGCUGCAAAGACUGCAAGAGGCUGGUGAGCAGUUGAUGGCCGAGAAACCUGAAACUCGGGAACAAAUUGGGCCGAUUCUGGCAAGCCUCUCCACGCAGUGGGAUCAGCUGGAAUCCACAACAACAGAGAAGGCCGACAAACUGUUCGAGAACAAGCGAGCUGUCCUGUACGAACAGAGUUGUGAUGAUAUUGACGGCUGGGUCACCCAGCUGGAGUCGCAGAUUAUACAGGCGGAGUCGGCGAAGGACUUGACAACCGUCAAUCUCCUGAUGCAGAACCAGAACCUUUUGGAGGGCCAGAUGAAACUGAAGCAACAGCAGGUGAAUGAGCUAGAUGAACAGAUGGUUCAUGUGAAGAAGAUAGAACCAGAGAAGGAGAGCAUCAUUGAGGCCAGGAAGGCUGCUGUCGCAGAGAGGUUUGCUAAGAUCCAGGAGCCACUCGUGCGUCGUCGUGAGCAACUGGAGAAGGUCAAGUUCAUCCACCAGUUUGUACGCGACGUGGAGGAUGAGAAAUUGUGGAUCGAGGAGAAGAUGCCACAGGCAACCAACCCCAACUACGGAAACAGUCUGCUCUCCGUACAGCUACUGGAAAAGAAAAAUCAGUCGCUGCAGACCGAGAUUGAAAACCAUGAGCCCCGUAUCGACUCGCUGGUGGUGACGGGCGAGGAGCUGAUACGAGAGGGACACCCACAAUCGGAGGAGUUCACGGCGCUCAUGAACGAUCUGCUCGCACGUUGGAAGGAGCUGAAGGACGCUGUCGAGACAAGGAAAGACCGUCUGCAGUUGUCUGACAUUGCACAACAGUACUACUAUGAUGCAUCCGAGGCAGAAGCAUGGAUGAGUGAACAAGAGCUGUACAUGAUGGGUGAGGAACGGGCCAAGGACGAGAUCGGGGCCCAAAACAUGAUGAAGAAACACCAAACCCUUGAGAACGUUGUGGAGGAUUACGCUAACGUGGUUCGACAGCUGGGCGAACAGAGCCGGGCACUCAUUAACCAGGAACACCCGGAAAGUGACCAGAUUGCAGUACGUCAAUCACAAGUGGACAAACUGUACGCCGGGCUGAAGGACCUUGCCCAGGAGCGGCGCAGCAAGCUCGAGGAGGUUCUUAAGCUGUACAUGCUCAGUCAUGAGAUCGAGGAUCUUAUGCAGUGGAUCGCCGAGAGAGAGGUCGUCGCGUGCUCUCACGAACUGGGACAGGAUUUCGAACAUGUUUCAUUACUUAAGGAGAGGUUCCAUGAGUUUGCACGCGACACUGUGUCUAUUGGCACAGAGCGAGUGGCCGCAGCCAACCAGACUUGCGACAACCUGAUCGCACUAGACCAUUCAGACUCUGCUAUCAUCGCGGAAUGGAAGGACACACUGAAUGAACGCUGGGAAGACCUGUUGGAGCUGAUCGACACACGCGCGCAGGAGUUACAGGCUUCAUGGGAACGACACAAGUUCUUCAGUGACUGCAAGGAGACACUGGAAAUCAUCUUUGAGAAGCAAAACUACAUCCCUGAUGAGCUUGGCCGGGACGCCCAGAGUGUGGCAGCCCUGCAGAGGAAACACGCAAACUUUGAGACCGACCUUGUCACCCUUGAGUCACAGGUUCGUGCCAUACAGGAGGAGUCGGGUCGUCUACAGCUCGGAUACGCUGGGCCGAAACAACGCGAGAUUAGUGACCAAGAACAGGAGGUGCUUGACGCUUGGCUUAACCUUAACAAUAUGGUCGAGACACGUAGACUCAAGCUUGCUAACGCCAGCGACCUGUACAGAUUCUUCAACAUGGUGCGAGAUCUUCUUCUCUGGAUGGACGAUACUAUUAGGCAGAUGAAUACACAGGAAAAACCAAGGGAUGUGUCAGGUGUGGAACUGCUAAUGAACAACCACCAGAGCUUAAAGGCCGAGGUGGACGCCCGCGAGGAGAACUUUACCAUCUGUAUCAACCUGGGCAAGGACCUCCUGGAUAGAAAACACUACCGCUCCGAUGAGGUUCGUGAGAAGUUAAUAGAUGUGACGAAGAAGAGACAAGGAAUGGUGGACCAGUGGGAGGACAGAUGGGAGUACCUACAGCUCAUCUUGGAGGUUUACCAGUUUGCCCGGGACGCAGCGGUGGCUGAGGCAUGGCUGAUGGCACAGGAGCCAUACCUGAUGAACCAAGAACUUGGGGACACACUGGAUUCAGUAGAAAUCUUGUUAAAGAAACACGAGGCUUUUGAGAAAUCUGCAGCCACACAAGAGGAGAGAUUCGCUGCCCUUGAGAAACUAACAACGUUUGAGAUUAAGGAGCGUAAGAAGGCCGAGGAGGAGAAGCCAGAGGAUGUGUUAAAGGCGAAGGAGGAGCGCUUACAGAGACUCAUAGCCGAGUUCAUGCCUCCGCCUAAACCGCCAACUCCAGAACCAGAACCAGAACCUGUUGUUGAAGAAAAGCCCGUAGUCGAGGAGGCCCAGGUUGCUGAAGCCCAGCGGGAGACUGAGACACCCGCCCAGGCCGGUUCUCCCCCUGUAGUUUCCCCCCAACCCGGCUCUACUAAACCCACAGUCGACAUCCCAGAGGUCACUCCGCCCCGAUCUGGGUCGGGCGCCCGAAAAUCACCGAGGUCAGGGGGUCGGAGGUCGUCGCCCCGGGUUAGUCGUGGUAGUCAUGGUAAUGAGGAACUGGCACACCCAAUGGCUGGUGGAGACGCAUCUACGCCGCGCAAAUCGGCAAGUACGGCGACCACAGUCCAUGAGGAAGGAAACUUGGUCCGCAAACACGAGAUGGAAAGUGUCACAAAGAGGGCCACUAGCAGGUCAUGGGACAAGGUGUAUGUAGUUGUACAUGGGCCCUCGUUGGCAUGCUACAAGGACCAGAAACAUGCCAAACAGGACCCGAGCUCGCUUAUUCACCACGAGACUGCCAUGGAUCUGGUUGAGGCCGAGUGCGACCCAGCCAAAGACUACAUUAAACGACCACAUGUGUUCCGACUGCGCCUACAGAUGGGCGCAGAAUACCUCUUCAUGGCAAAGGAUUCGGUGGAGAUGGAGCGUUGGAUCAAUGCUAUAAACAGCACUGUGCGUACAGGGGCUUCCCCAACCAGAUCGCAGACCCUGCCAGCCCGCACUGAAGAACACAAAGACAAGAAAAAAGGAUUCCUAACGUUUAAGAAGAAAUAGACAUCUUAAUAGUAGUUAGGACUUUUCUUCCAAGUGUCAUAAUAAAUUGUCAUUUUCUUCAUCAGGCUGAAGUACUAUUAUGGACUAAGUUCUGUUCAUGGAUUUAACACACAAUACUUUGGUAUAAUGUCUAUCGUGAAGGCAUUGAUGGAAGAACACGUUUACGCAUUGUUUCAUUGUCGUUUGUAUUGUAUAUUUUAUACAGUGUACAUGUAUAUGCUGUACCCAAGGAAAAAUGAAGGUGUAUAUGUGUCAGACUUUCUGGAAACUUUUUCUAUAGUUCAUUUUGAAAAUACAUUGUUUCGCUUUUUUCACACAUAUAAAGCAUUCUUGUAUUGUGGAUGUAUGUGGAAGUUGUAUUUUUGUCAAGGACGGGAAAUUAUUGUGUAUGAGCUUUAUUCCCUAGUACAUUUUUUAAGAGUAAAAGAUGAAUGGUGAAGGAAUAAUAGAUCUGCUAGGUAGUAGGGCGAUGCUUUUUAGGAACGGGCAGCUGAAUUGAGUUCGUGAGGAACGUUAUUCAAGACCAGCCUGGUUGUUAUGUUUCUUUUUCUUGUUCUUUUAUUCUUCGCUUAAAAGCUUGUACAUAUUGUCAGACACUAGUCGGUAAGCCUAUUGCCACAUUUUAAAUCUUAAAUGCAUUUUUUUUUAUCAAUCAUUGAAAAGUUGUUUGUCUUCGAUGAGUGGAAUUCUCUGUUAUUUAUGAUUUCUUUGUUAACAUUACCAGAGUUGUGGUUAUAAAAUAAUGUUGUCUUUGUUUGAUGUUCAAAACGAGUCUUUGUGUAUUUUAUGUAAGAGAAAUAAAUGGAUGUAAAACUGAAGCAAGUUAACCGUUGUGAACAAGUUUUUAUAUUUGUUUAUAUCUGUAAUCGCUGUAAACCUGUAUUCACUUAUUGUGGACAUAGAAUAUAGAGUUUUUAUUAUAAUUUAUAGUCAUAAUGUCCCAUCAUUCUAGAGUAUGAAAUACUUCAGUUUUUAUCGAUUGUAGCAAAAUUAUUCAUAGAUUUUAUUUAUAAAGAUAAUGUACGCUUCAUUAUCCAAUAAUUUGCUUUGCUGUCUCUAUAUUAGUAAUAAUAAAGUAUGUAUUGUUAGGUUAUUCCACUAUUCUACUGGUAACUAUAAUUAUUACCACAACUAAACAUUCGAAUUCCAUAGAUAUCUAACACAAUUGGUAAUAACUUCUCGAUAAUGUGAGUUUUUUUAUUAAAGUCCAACUUUCUGUCUGAUUUCUUGCCAAAAGCUCUAAAGAAGAUGAUCUGUAGUUAUAGAAUUCCCUUAGAAAAAAAACUAACCUUACGUGUCAUGAUGAUGAACACAUUGUACAAAUCUUAUUUGUAUGUUUUUAUUAUUGGUCGGUGCAAUCUUUAUUUUAUCAUACACCCAUAGUUGUGCUUCAGCGAUAUGGACCUCCCUGUACUAGGCAUGUAUUCUUAUACAGGCUGCUAUCUGAAAUAAAAUACAUCAUCAGUAAA